CUUAAUCCGAAAUAACGAAUCCCUCAUUGCCAUUGCAUUCAAAUGUGACCCAUUUGCACAUAUGGAGCGGAUUUAUUUUUAUAGUGUUCACGACGUAAUAGCCAGCGACUAGCGCUUCGUUGUAAGUCUCUUAACAAACAAUCGAAUCAUAGCGUGUGGAUAUAAAGAGUAAAAUCGCACACACUUAAAACACACAUUACUACAAUGCGUAAAUAUCAACAACUUGCACUUGUUCUGCUAUCAAUCACGUGCGUAGUGAUACUCCUCGUAUAUAAAAGCGAAAACAACCGGCUAAAGUAUGUGCUAGAGGUAGUCAAUAUUUUCGGACGUAACGACGCGGCUAGUCUGAUCAGAAUCGAUAACAGCAGUCGGUUGCACAGCUUAUCGUACGAUUUGGAUAACCCUCUCCCUGCCUGGCAGCGUAUCGGCGAUGGUUUCUUCGUGUACUCGUCAUUUUGGCAAAAGAACGAACUGGCUGCCGGUGGCACAGUGAUCAGCAUCAUUGUCGGGUUGGAGCAGGCGAUUGUGAACUUCAAAUGCCAGAUUCAGCACGACACCAAAGAUCUUGUCACUGGGAAGCUACUAUUCACGCGCAUCGAACGCCCCAACACUGGCUCAGUGAAAAAUCCCACCGGAGAGUCUUUUGUGGUGUAUAAAUUUCUCUGCAAGCUGUCCCGUGAUUUUGGCCAACCAACAGAAGUCAUCUACACCGAUGUGAAUCAUGCUAUCAAUCGUUACGUUCCUUUGCGUGUUUUAGAGAGCAAAUCUGUGCGGCAACGCAUGACAAUUACAGCCUGUGUCGACAUGAACGAUUAUCUUGAACUUGAAGAAGACGUGCGACACCCCGCUGCUGUACUUCAAUAUUUUCUGCAUCAUCAGAUUGUUGGCGUAGAAGACUUUAUUGUGUACAACAGCAACGCACUGAACGGAGCAACCGCCUCGUUGCUCUACAACCAUGGCAUCAAAAUCAAUCUGCUGCCGUAUAAUUUUCCUUUCGAUCUGAGCAACCGGCAGCAGAAUCAAAUGAUCAUCGAAAUGGACUGCACGAUGCGAAACUACAAUGCCGCCAAGUUGACGUUCGUCGGGGCGAUUAACGAGUACCUUUACCCAAGCUCGCGACUUCGACUUAACAACCAGUUCCUUACAUACGCCUGGAAGGUGUCGAGCGACGUGUCCCGUUUUGCUGUCAGUACACGCUCCGUAUGCAUAGAUUCACGCAAAAAGAUAUUCUCCGACAAUUUACUGUAUGAUGUGGACGCUCAUUCGGACAGCGAGGGACAAUUUUUUGUGUACAAACCUCAACACUACAAUCGGUCUGCCGGAGGAACAAUCGAUCUCAUGAAAACGCUUGAUGUCGAACGAAACAUGCUGUUUGUUCAUCGGUACGGGGGCAAAUGUAGCAGCAAGGCGAAUCUACACGAAUGGACCGAGGGACUACACGGGGACUUUUUGCAGUAUAUAAUGGAUGUUGGGCGCGAGCUAAACAAACUAAUCUUCCGAUAAAUCUGUAAAGAGUUCCAGCGAUCAGGACCACUGUGAGGUAAACAAAAGGACACCAAAAAAGUUGUCCUUUCAGGCCGAUCAGUGCCACUAGCAAACAGAAUGCAAAAGAAUGAAAGCGGAACCAUCCAAGGUAGCUGUCGUUUGUCGAUGUCAGGUAUUGUAGAAGAAGAAAUUAUAGUAGAUAACUUGAGAUCGCUGAGGCUUGAGACAGUCAAAAACGAAUGGUUCGAAACGAAAAAUGGUUCAUUGUUUCAUUUGAUACUUUGACAUGACGUGAUGUAGGAAACGUGACGUCCACUUCACUUCUGAAAGUAAAACACAGAUUUUAGUUGGGUUGCUCCUUUUUCAGUUGCGCUAGCCUCGUUUACGUUCGGAUUUUUUCUCCUUCUAUUGUUUUUAUCGACUUACGAUAGAAUUAAUUCAUUUUUGCCUUUCAAUAUCUUUUCUAUAGUUUGUCAAUGCUUCUCGCACAUUUUACUCGUCUGCUAGAUCUCAUUAAAAACCGUUUCAAAACUGUAGUGACGGUGUUAUGAUAGAAUGCGCCAGGCAAAAAGAAGAUUCUAGGAUAGGUUAAAGAUCAAAUGGUGAGUAUUGUCAAGUGCUACGAUCGAUACAGAACAAUAAUUAUUCAAUCAAAGCAUCACUUUCUCUAAUAAUCAAAAGUAUCCGAUCUAUUCGUACAAAAAGUUUAGCAUACAAUCGAUAUCAAUUUUUUAUUAACUUUUCCAAUUAAAGUUCGACGAA